CAAUUAUCAAAGCAAAGCACGGCGCGUCUGUUAGGGUUGGUCUCGAUAACAUGGAACCACCAUUGAAGAUGAAGGAGGCUGAGAAGCAGUCGAUGUCUGAGACGGAUAUGAUGAUUUCAAAGGCGAUCAAGCAGGCUGAGAUAGAUCGAAUGAUGAUGUUGAAGGGUAAGAAGAAGGAGAAGAAGGCCGUGUUGAUUGGAUUGAAGCACCCAGACCCGCAGAUGAACACUGUCGAUGUGAAAGGGCAGAUAUUGAGGAUGAAAAAUCACCUCAUGAAACUGCGUGGGUUUUCAGAGGAUAACAUCACCCUCAUGAUUCAGGAUGAAGAAGAACCGGAUAACACACCCACUGAUUUCAACAUAAGUCGUACGCUAUGCUCACUGGUUCUAUCUGCUUGGAGCGGUGACAUCGUCUUCAUCCACCUCAUAGCCUAUGGCUGUUCUGAUGGCCGUAUUAUCACUGCUGAUAAUGAACACGUCUUUGAUAAUUUUUUCAGGGGACUUAUAUAUGUAGCCCGCCAAAACAAAACUAAUCUGACAAUUGUAUCGGAUUGCCUAAUCAGUCCUGUUGCCAAGUGUCCUUGUCCUAAAAACCCAUUAGGUCGCAAACCUUGGGGGAAAAUGAAUUUGGAGGAAAGAAAAAAGGAACUAGAAAAGGCACGAGCAAUUAGGCUUUCCACACCCGCAGAACCAGUCACUAUUGGCUUUUCAUUUACCGGACCCACCUCUUUGUCUUCUGUCAAUAUCCUCAACUCCAAUGACAAGAACAAAGCUACUCAAGAUGUUGAUCAUCGUGUAAUUCUGUUGAUGCCUUUCACACGUGAUCCAAACGCCGCCACCAACGUUCAUGCAUCUGAAUUAUUCUUCUGCCCACCACCAAAUGGAGCUGGAGCUUCUUCUCCUCAGCACCGCACAUUAUACGGGGGUUUUACCAAAGCCAUACUUGAUGUAAUCGAAGAGACUCAUGACGCCCAACUUACAAACUUGGACCUUGCUAAAAAGGCUAUGGGGAAACUUGGAGGACAAAUACCUAGUCUCCUAUGCGAUUCCCAGGACCAUGCUUAUGCUUCUUUUCUGUGCUGAUCCAUCUUAUGUUGGGAGACUUUUCAAGUCCAUAUAUGUAGUUCGGUUCAUGUUGGGUUCAAUUGGUUCAUGUUUCUUUAUGUUUAGUUCGGUUUGCAUCCAACAAACUAUGAGACUUGGAUUUAAGUUCUUGUUUUCUGCUGUUUAACUUUCAUAUUUGAAUUAUGUACACACACAUUCUAUUCUAUUAACGGCCUAUUGUAAAUUAUGAAUCAUGUUUGGAUAUUAGCUUCCUAUAUGUCUCAUUGACGU